AUGCAGGGGCCCAAAGCAGUGGCUACAGCCAACCCCCCGGCUUCUGCCCAAGCUCUGACUGCCUGUUCAGGUGCGAGCUGCAAGUCGAGACCGGUCGUCCAGAGACUGCCGCACGGAGAAGCUGACACUCCAGUGAGGAGCAGAAGGAGUAAAAGGAAGCAGCAGCCCCAUCCCUUUCCACAGCACCCCCCAGCCUGGCCCCGGCCGUCCUGCGUUGUCACAGCUCCUCUCCUCUGGCGGCAGCAGUUCCUCCUCCUCAUCGGUCAAAAGAGAAAGGGGAAAGCAACCGUGUGGAUCUGCCCUCCGUCCGUCCACCUGCUGUCUCUUUGUCUGAGAGGUGACCGAUCGAAGCACUGCCUGCCACCUGCCUGUGACUCUCACCACCCGUUUGCCGCAUUGGGGGGAUGGCGACAACCUCUGAAAGUGGAUCAGCCGAUAAGAGGUGGCCAAGGUCGGAAACAUCUAAGACUGCCUUCCUGGGAGCAGAGGAGGCAGAGAGCCAUGUCGCAAGUGUGCAACAUAGAAAAUUUAACAAGUCUCCCCAUGAACUCCAGAGCCCAGAAAUAUCCUCUGUUAAGGUGGCCAGCCCCUGUCUCCAGCACAGAGCUGCAGAAGGGCCGAGGACAGGAGAUGUCGCUUUCAGGAGAUGGCAUUUUGCAGAGAGCCCCAGGAGCACUUCUCCCCUGGGGAACUAGGAAAGCUACCGGGCCUGUAAGUGGUUUAUUCAAUGACAUCAGAUUUCAUCUGCAGUGUCUGCCUGGACAGCUGAAGCCAGCUCAGAACAGCGCCUGGGUGGGGCCUUCCUAAGGUGCAGCCCCAGUCGUCACACACAAGGGUAGCCACCUGGGCUGGGGAGAA